AUGCCCCGCGCCCCCCGGCCAGCGCCGAUCGGCCCCUGCGGAGACGCGCUGGGAGCCUCGCCGUACCCCGAGGGCUGCGCGCUCCCUGGGGCGAGGAAGUACCGCCGAGGCGGGCAGUCCUGCUCCGGCAAGGCAUCGCAAGAGGACGGAGGGUCUCGUUCCGCGCUGGUUGCCAGCGCCCUGUGCACCGUCCUGCUGCCCCUGCUGGUUUUCCUGGCUGCCGUGAAGCUCUGGGACCUGUACUGCGUGAGCGGCCGCGACCCCAGCUGCCCGCUCCCACUGCCCCCGGGCACCAUGGGGCUCCCCUUCUUCGGGGAGACGCUGCAGAUGGUGCUGCAGAGGCGGAAAUUCCUGCAGAUGAAGCGCAGGAAAUACGGCUUUCUUUUCAAGACUCCACCCCUCGUGAUCAUGCGGGCCUUCUCCCGGGACGCCCUGCAGCACUACGUGCCCGUCAUCCAGGAGGAGGUGAGCUCCUGCCUGGCGCGGUGGCUGGGCGCCGCCAGACCCUGCUUACUGGUGUAUCCCGAGGUGAAGCGCCUCAUGUUUCGCAUCGCCAUGAGGAUCCUCUUGGGCUUCCAACCCCGCCAGGCCAGCCCCGACGGCGAGCAGCAGCUGGUGGAGGCCUUCGAGGAGAUGAUCCGCAACCUCUUCUCCCUCCCCAUUGAUGUGCCCUUCAGCGGGCUCUACCGGGGCUUGCGGGCUCGAAACAUCAUCCAUGCCAAGAUCGAGGAGAACAUCCGUGCCAAGAUGGCCUGCAAGGAGCCUGAGGGUGGCUACAAGGACGCACUGCAGCUGCUGAUGGAGCAUACACAGAGCAAUGGGGAGCAGCUCAACAUGCAGGAACUGAAGGAGUCUGCCACAGAACUGCUGUUUGGGGGCCACGAAACCACUGCCAGUGCUGCCACGUCAUUGGUUGCCUUCCUAGGGCUCCACCACGAUGUUCUGCAGAAAGUGAGAAAAGAGCUGCAAGUGAAGGGGUUACUGUGCAGUUCCAAUCAAGAGAAGCAGCUGGACAUGGAGGUCUUGGAGCAGCUGAAGUACACGGGAUGUGUCAUCAAAGAGACCCUCAGGCUGAGCCCUCCUGUACCUGGAGGAUUUCGAAUUGCACUCAAGACCCUUGAGCUAAAUGGUUACCAGAUUCCUAAAGGUUGGAAUGUUAUUUACAGUAUCUGUGAUACCCAUGAUGUGGCAGAUCUCUUUACCGACAAGGAUGAAUUUAACCCAGAUCGCUUCAUGUCUCCAUCUCCAGAGGAUUCCUCUAGGUUUAGUUUCAUUCCUUUCGGUGGGGGCUUGAGGAGCUGCGUGGGUAAAGAAUUUGCAAAAGUCCUUCUGAAAAUAUUUACAGUGGAGCUGGCUCGGAGCUGUGACUGGCAGCUGCUGAAUGGACCUCCUACAAUGAAAACGGGCCCCAUAGUGUACCCUGUGGACAAUCUGCCUACCAAAUUCAUAAGUUUCAGUGGCCAAAUCUGAGAUCUGAACUCUUGCCUCCAGCUGGAUUUCUAUAUAGUAUCUAAUAUGUAUAUAGUAACUUUUUAUAGAAAUGAAGGCCUUUAAAUAUUUAAAAUUGUGAAUGUACAAUAGUUAUUUAUGUCUUCUAAAUAUUUCAAAAGGCAAUGUUAUUUUUUUCCCCAAGCACUACAAUUAUGGGUCUCUGAUUCAUAAUUAGAUAAUGUUAUUUCUAUAGAAAUAAGUUUUCCCCUAUUUAAAAAACUUACUGAAAGCUGGCCAGCUAAGCAUUUGAAGACAUUUCAUGAUGCUGUAUGUAUUAUUAAAUAUUCUUAAAGGCAUUCGGAACAAUGGUAACUUGCUACUCAUCCAAGUUACCUACAAUGGUUAUUGUUUGCGAAUGUUUUCAGUAUUAUUUGUUUCUAGAUCUUAUGUUUAAUGUGUGAAUUUUAAGUUUGAUAAUAAAGUUUUAUUUUU